AUGAAAAUCUUUCAGAGCACACACGACUAUUCAUACCCGUGGAGUUUGGUGUCAGCAGCCAAUUGGCAAAAAUACCCCAAUGAGCACUGCUCUCAUGUGCAGCAUGUCGAUGUCUUGAAUCGCACUGUGGAUCCAAAGACCGGUGUCCUGACAACGGAACGUCUUAUUACCGUCAACCAAAAUGUGCCCACCUUGAUUAUGAAGCUUCUUGGAUGCAACGGCUCUGAGCAAUACGUUCGAGAGAUUUCCAUCAUCGACCCAAAGGAAAAGACCUUGACCAUGACAAGCCAAAACUUGACAAUGUCCAACUUGUUAAGCGUCAAUGAAACCAUUGUCUAUCGUGAACAUCCCCAUGACAAGCAAAAGACCCAGUUUACGCAGCAGGCUGCAAUCUCAGCUGGAAGCAUUGUCUCUCGUUGGGCUAAUGUGAUUGAAGAUUUUUCAUUGAAACGAUUCCAACAAAACGCUGCUGUGGGUCGUGAAGGAUUCUCAAAGGUUCUGGAAAGAUUUGUAGUGAUGGCUGAAGCAUCUCCAACCAAUGGCAAUGAGCCAUCACGUUAG